UGGCGGCCUAUGCUCCCUUCCGCUGCCUCCCCCAUACGGAUCCCCUAAACUCACCGCGCCGCCGCCGCCGCCACCACCACCGCCGCCGAAACCCACCUCCUCCCAUGUCCCGCCGCCCUGCUCACCACCUCCUCCCGUUACUCCACCGCCGUCACCUUCACCGCUCCGUCCAUCUCCCCUACACAUCCGUACCCAUUCCUCCCGACGCGACUCCCUCCACCUCCAUCCCGUCCCCGCCGCCCCUUCACCCCGCGCCCUGGCCGCCGUCGUAUUCCCCCACCUCCACCCCGCUCCCACCUUUCACGGCCUCCCACCUCCGCGCCGCCGUCUCCUCCCUCGCCGCCGCUCUGCUGGCUCUGCCCGACCCGGAUCCCGACCCCGCGCCGGCCCUCCACGCCCACUCAUUCCCCACCCUCCUCGCCGUCUCGCCGCUCGCCUCGACGGAGCUCCUCUCCCUCCUCCGCCCCAAGCCCUUCCUCGGCCUCGCGGUCUUCUCUUUCCGCCGCGCGCUCUCGCCGCCGCCCACGCUCCCGGAGUUCUCCCUCGCCAUCUCGCUCGCCAGCCGCGCCCGCGACCCCACCACGGCGGCCAGCAUCUUCGCCGACGCCUCCACCGCCUACUGCCCCGACCUGCCGCUCUACAACGCGCUCAUGUCCGCCUACAUGCACAGCGGCCUCGUGAACCGCUGCAUCGAGGCCUUCCGCGCGCUGCAGCGCGACCCGCGGUGCGGCCCGCCCAGCGCCGACUCCUACAACAUACUCAUCGCCCUCUUCGGCCGCUCCCUCCUCGUCGAUCACAUGGAGGCCACGCUCCAGUCGCUGGAUGCCUCGGGACAGUGCCGCACGGUUGGCACGUACAAUGCGAUCAUCGCCGGGUACCUCACCGCGUGGAUGUGGGACAGAAUGGAAGCAGUUUUCAGUGAAAUGAUGUCAGGUGGUCAAGUUAGUCCAGACACCACUACGCAUUUGCUGAUGCUGAGAGGGUACGCGCAUGCCGGGAAGAUUUAUAAGAUGGAGCAGGCUUACCAGCGUGCUCGUGAGCAUGCUGGCAAGGUUGAUGUGGUGCAUAUUCGUGCAAUGCUAUGCGCGUACUGCAAGUUUGAACAUGUGGAUAGGAUUCAAAAGAUCGAGAAGUUGCUUCAGAAGCUGCGUCCUGACGAUUACAGGCCCUGGCUCAACGUGUUGCUGAUUAGGGUGUAUGCCAAGGAGGGGCUGGUUGAGGGGAUGGAAAGAAGGAUCACUGAGGCGUUGGAACGCAAUACCACUGUCUGCACAACGCAGGUCAUGCGGUCCAUCAUAACCAGCUAUUUCCAGUCUGAUGCCGUCGAUAGACUCGCGCAUUUUGUCCGACAGGCUGAGGAGGCCGGUGGAAGCUAUGCCGGAGUUUGUACCACUGCAAGAUGGUCAUGUAUGGAAAGCACCACCGGCUCGCAGAGAUGCACGGGGUGUUGGAUGAGAUGGAGCAUUUUAGGUUUGACCGGACAAAGAAGACCUUUUGGAUCAUGCACAAAGCAUAUAGGAACUGCGGAAUGGAUACUGAGGCUGAUACUGUACUUGGCAUGAUGUGGAAGCACGGUUUUGGAGCCCCAAGCGACCUAUUUGUUCAAUGACAUGAUUUAUCUGCUCCACUCAUUGGGGAAUUUCAAGUUUUGCUCUCUGACAAGGUAUCUGAAUGCAAUGUGAGUCUGUUAACAUCAUAUGCUGCUCAAAAAAGUAAAUUGCUCCACAUGGAAGCCUAGAACUCAGAAGUACCCUGAAACAACUAAGACAUGGGGCAUUGUAUCCCCUAAAGUUUAGGGCCGACUGAGGUUGAUAUAAACAAAGUGCUCUUUGGAUACAUGGAAGCUGCUACAUUCCUGCCCAUCUUUGUUCUGCAUAUAGCAGUUAAAAUGUGGAUCCGAACUACCACCGUUUGCGCUGAUCAAGAAAAUACAUCAAGUCUACAUGACAUGAUGGAGCCAAAGGAAAAUCAAACACAAGGUUUGCUGUGCAUCCCUACUUGGUGGUGAAAGCUCAUCCCUGAUGGCAAAGGCAAUCUGAGGUGCCUGCUCGUUUUGUAUUGCAUUGUCAGAGUGGUGACUGCUUUGUAAUCAUGGUCAAAAGCUUCUCCGGUUUCACCUGUGUGUUUGUUGAAGCUCACUGUGCACUCUGAGGACGCUGCUUUGUAAUACUGGCAGGCAACCUCGCAAUUUUGGAGCACUCGGUUAAUAGCUUGCAGGGCAGUAAUGAACAAGAAAGCAUUUUGACGAUCUAGCUCUGGCAGCAGGCCAAGUGGCUUGGUUGCACGAACGUCUGGGCAUUGUCUGUCAUGUUUAAAGAAGGAACAGAGCGCGUGGGGUACAACUACAGAUCUGCAUAUACUUUUGUUCAGAACAUCGUUGCGGUGCCAAGGCACUUAUAAUGUAACUCCAUUUUCCUUUCUGUUUCGUUUUCCCACUAAUAAUUAACAGAUGCACCAAUUUUUUGACAUGCGUGCAAUGAUUCUUUUGGCACCACAGAAGUUGUGCUCAGCGGAAAAUAUAGUCAUCAACUUUGUCAUGUA